AGGGGACAGCACACCUUGGCCGCGGUCAGCGAGGUGGAGGCUGGCGGAUGGCCACCAGCGAUGCCUACGUCCGUGGCACAGCCGUUGCGUCGGUCACCGUCGGCGGCGGUGGCGCGCCGGAGCCGCAGCACAACCUGCCCGCCAUAUCGCGAGGGCCAAGUGACCUUGGCGCUGUGAGCGGUGCAGCAAAGAACGGCCUCAUCCCGCUCAAUGUGGAGGCGAGCGACGCGGGCGUGGCCCGGCACGACAAGUCGUCGUCGUCGCCGCGCGCUGCCGCCUCCGGCACGCCGCUACGGCGCGCGCCGACCUGGGCCAUCACUGCCAACAGCCUCGCCUUCAUGUGCGUGCCGCGUGCGAUCCCGGCCUGCUUUGCGCAGACCGGGUGGACGGUGGGGAUGCUGGCGCUGGUGUACUCGUCGGUGGUGACGUACGACACGGGCCUCGUGCUGGGCGAGGUUUGCCGCCUCCGCCCAAAGAUCGGCAGCUACCCGGGCCUCUGCGGCGAGGCGCUCGCGGCCUGCGCGGCGCGGCGAGGCUGGUCUCCGCAGGCGUGGCGCGACGCGGGCGCCGGCUGCUGCCUGGUGCUGCAGUUCGCGACCUACUACCUGACCACGGUUGCGGAGCUCAUCUACUUUGAGCAGUUCUUCGGCCAGCUCUUCGACCAGUCUCGGCUCUGCCAGUGGCAGUGGCUGCUGGUCGCCGCCGCCGUCUCGCUGCCGGUGCUGCAGCUGCCGACGUACCACGAGACGCGGUGGGCGGCGGCGCUGCUCGGCCUGCUGCCGCUCGCGAUCAACGUCGCCGUCAUGUUCUACGAGGUGCUCCUCGUGCGGCCGUGGCGGUGCCAGCCAGGGCCGCGCUACGACGGUCUGCUCGGGGUUGCAGACGGGGGCGGCGCUCUCUCGGGCGGAGGAGAGGAGGCGCUCUCCAACGCAACCUCGCCGCAGGGCCGCGACCUGAACGACGUCUUCCUCGGCCUGUCCGCCUUCGCGUACGCCUUUGGCGGCCACGGCUUCUACCCCGAGGAGAUCCGCGAGAUGUCGACCCCGUCCGCGUGGCCGAGUGUGAUGAACUGGACGUACGGCGUCGCCAUCCCGCUCUACUGGGCGUGCGGCAUCGUGGGGUACUACGCGUACGGCGACUUCUCCUGGUCCAACAUCAACCUCAACUUCCCGCGCAACGCCGCAAACACCGCCUCCAUCGGCGUGCAGGUCGUGCAGGAGGUCUACUUCAUCCUGGUCGGCAACCUGGUGAUGAUGCUCGACAUCGAGAUGCGACUCGGCAUCGACCCGACCGUCUGCUGCAGCGCGCCGCCAGACCCGCCGCCGAGGCACGAGUCGAGGCCGACCCCGCCGACACAGCCGCCCACGCCGCACUCGCCUGCGACGCACACGCCGACGGCGCGGCUGCGUUCGAUCGCCUCCGAGGACGAGCCGUCCGCGGGGAGGAGCGCGCCCUGGCCAGAGGCGGCCGCGGGCGGGAGGGCGCACACCGGCGCCGAGGAGGAGAUCUCCUCUCGCGAGAUCUCGUCUCGCGCCGCCCGGUCCGCCCCGCUGCCCGUCGCGCGCGAGGAGGAGGACGCCGCCGCCGCCGCCGCGCGCCGAGGUUGGCCGCGGCCCCCGCCGUGGCUGCUGCGGCUGCUCGUGCGCUCGCUCUUCCUCGGCUCGCAGGUCUUUGUCGCGCAGCUGCUGCUCUCGGGGGAGGGGGACCGGCUGAUCGCGGUGCAGUCGCUGAUCGGCGCCAUCGGGAUGACGGCCUUCACCUACUUCCUGCCGUACGUGCUGCUCAUCGCGCUGGCGCCCGUCCCCCUCGGCGCGGGGCGGCUCGCCUGGAUGACGCUCAACAUCGCCGCCGGGCUGAUCGUGAUGUUUGCCGGCCUCGCCUCCUCGGUCGAGGAGCUGUACUCCUCCUCCUCGGGCUUCUUCGACGGCGAGUGCAGGCUCGAGUACACGUACUCGCCCGAGUCGCCCGACGACCCGUGCUUCCUCUCGGGGCUGCCUCAUGAGGCGGGGAGAUGACGCCGCCGGCGCGGAGCAAUGUGAUGCGCUGAGCUCGGGCGUUUUUUUGUGACGGCAGUGACCUUUCCGCAGUCUGAACUCUGCGCCGAUGGAGUUACCGUGACGCAUCUGUGAGCUGUGAUCGUUAUAUGUGUCGAGGGGGAACACACUGAGGCAGACGAGAAGAGGAGAGACGGAGAGGGAAGAGAUUUCGCACGUUUGUCUUACCGGCCAUUUUUUGC